AUGCCUGCUCGGUCAUCCGACUACAUUUCACCUCCACCUUUUGGGCCAUCGGCACGAAACGACCAGGUCCAUGAACGAACAGCGGCGGCAAAUAAGACUCAUUCGAGGCAGCAAAGCGGUAAGGGCCAUGCGUCGAAACCUCUGAAGCUGGCGGUGAAGCUGGCGAAUCCUAGAGCUCAGUUACAUGCUCUGGAAAAACCGCCUCUGCAAUCCCACAUUGGUUCAGCUUACUCGUCAUUACCAAACAAGGGGUCUAUUUUGCCACCGGUUACUGGUAGAGACGUGGCUGCGCUUAUAUUUGUGUUUCUCUUGGUUCCUCAGGGCAUCUCGUGUCUCUUGUUGUUGGGGUAUAUCAUGUCUGGUACUUUCCGGGGUCUGGCUGCACGCUUCCUUGCUAGGUUCUCUGUGCUUGUGGAGGAGAGACUGAGCUCAAUUUGGGGUUCUCAUUCGAGCCCUUCGCAUAAUACAUCGUCUGGACGCCAACGGCACUGGUUCUAUAGCAGAGCUGUGGCUGGCGAGUUCCUCCAGCUUUUCUCCAUAAACUCCAUAAUCUUGUUGAUCUGCCAUUAUACAAUGCCUCGCCUGUGGACUCACUACCUUCUGGUUAUGGCCAAACUGAUUGUGGCCAGCAGGUUAGUCGGUACUUAUACCGUGGGUACCACUACAUAUGUUUCUGUGGUGUCUGGUGGACAAAGCACAACGACAACUACAUCGACACCCAACUCACUUUUGUCUCAGGGUGCUACUGGCGGCGUUCUUGAUAAAGCCAAGUACCUGAAAUCCAGCUUCGUGAACUCCCUAUUGGGAUUUGCCUCGGUUACCGCCAUAGAUACUUUGAUCCGUCAUUGGCUCCAGCAUUUAAACGUACCGCAAUUAGUGAGCGAUUUAGCUCGGUUCUAUCGUGGUGUUUGGCAUUUUGGGUUGUUGUCGCCUUCUUCAGAUAGUGCAAAAACCUCAGACUACCUCAAAGCGUUCUUCACGAAGUCUCCUUUUUUCGUGACAUAUAACUAUCUAUCCAAACGAAAGGAUAGGUACUACAGCUUGGGCAUCAAGCGAGGAAACGGUAUGCGUCUAAGCAUUUUGGAUAGGCUCAUAAUUCACAUUGCCGUUCGAUUCUUCAAUAUUGACGAUACCUCACUUCACAGCUUAACCUUGGUGCUCCAGGAAAUCAGCACAAUCAUCAAUUACGCAUACCUUGUGCUUUGCAUACACGUCAUUAGUCUUACUAUUUCUCCAUUCUUGCAGAAAUUCUUCAUUUUCAAAGAUUACUCAAAGAACUUGGACCACUUGUCUUCACUCACCCCCAGUAUUCCUUUGAGUGGAGACAGACACAGCAGUGUUCCCAGCAAUGCUUCCCUCGCAGACCCCAUGAUGGUCGUCAAUGUGGACCAGCUGCAAUCGGCAAAUACUCCAUCUCAACCAACCGUUGUAGAGGUUGAUCAAGAAAUCGCCAGUUCAGCGGUUGAGUCACCCUUCAGCGAUACAAAUGUCAGUGCAAAAAACUUUGAAGUGUUUUGUCUUGUUCCUCCAACUAGCAAAGUGGUUGCCUCUGGCAAUAAACCGCAACAGAACAGAACCAUAGUUGACAGGAAAAGAGCUAACAGUAACGCGCUGCCUCCUCCAUCUACUACUAUCGUUGAUCGCUGCUUUACUACAUCCAUCCAGCCUUUAUGGUCAUGGGUUGCUGCUAUAAAAGUGUUCUUCAUUAACUCCAAUUUGUUCAAUGGCCAGUCCACCUCAAGGAAAGAAUGUGGAUCUGAAUUCUUGGAAAUGCACAGCGACCCUCAGCUUAUGAGUAUUAUUAAGUUAGGCGAUAGAGAAGUUGUCCUUGAGUUAACAGAUGAGUCGCUGUUGAAGGAUACAAUAACCGUCCAGGUGAAUUCCAUUCCAUGGGAUUUUGUGACCAAGUUUACUCAGGAAACGCCUACUGGUAACCGAACCUUCAUCAAAGUGGAAGGUCUUCAACCAUUGUGUCAGUAUGAGAUUCGUUGUGAUGCAGAUAAUGAAGCCUUAGCGUCUGUUACUGUGAACACAACGGAUCAUUCCAAAGAAAAGCCUUAUCUUGAGCAAUCUGUCCACACUUCGUCAUUGGAAACUCUUCAAGGCAGUUUGACUUCUACCAUAGAUGAACUCAAUGAGCUUCGUUGGAACCACAAGAAGCAGAGGAAGGAUGAGAACAAGAAGAUCACCGAUCUCAAGAAACAAGUCGACAGCAUGAGAGCAAAGGUUGAAAAAGCCAACAGCCGAGUACCAAUUGAAGGCCGUGGAAGCGGCAAGCUCAAGGGUUUACAAUACUCGGUGAUCCAGUUGGAGCACGAAGUAGAAGACCUACACAAGCAGCUCGAUAGCAUGAAGGAAAGCAACGAGACUGUCGAUGGAGACUUGAAGAUGGAAGAGCAAGCUAUGCUUGAACAGAUCCAGAGCUUGGAGGCGUUUAUUGAAGAUCAUGAACUUAGCACCGGGCAGCUCAAAAAUGACAUCCGGGCCGUUGAAAAUGAGCGAAACAACGUCGCAGUAAAGCACCGCAAGUUGCAAAGCAAAGUCAGAGCACGGAAAGAAGAAAUCUCCCGGCUCAAUGCAGAAAUAAAGGGCAUGAAGAAAGCGGUGUUGGGACGGUACCAGCGCAGACAAAAGAGGGUCCAGGAGCGGUUCGACACGAUUCUUCCCAAGGUUCAGGUUGCCGGCGACGAGCUCAGCCAGGAAUUGGGAGAGUACGUGCAAUGA